GUUCACAUCAGGUGUGUAGUGAAACAGGUGUGGUGUGGUCAACAGGUGAUCUUGGGCUGCCACGACUCCGUCGGCCACCACAAGUGAUCAACGUGUCGUUGACCACGGCGAGGGUCACCUUUGAUGGCUGGGUCCCGGGUUAUGACGACGGACACAAGGACGCGGACCAUGUUAUCAAUUAUACACUACGCUGCUGGAUUACAGACGAAGGGGCAGGAAAAGCAUUCUCGCAGACCGCAACACCUGGCCAACCCAACACUGUGAGCGGCCUGCAACUGGCGACCGGGUACAGCAUGCAGGUGUUGUUGCAGGUGUCUAAGGGCGGCAAGGGACAGGCAUGUGUGGCAGACGGUACGGGACGGGAGAGAGUACACACUGUCAGUUUCAACACUUCCUGUCCCGACAUUCCAGAAGCACCAUCCUUGGUCACUAUCUCUGAGGUGACCAACAACAGCUUCUUAGUGACCUGGCAGGACCUUCCGUACAAGACCAAGUGCAGCCUGCAAUAUGUCUUCGAGGUUACGCCGGGACCCAACAACCAACAACAUCACACCGAGUCAGUGAAAGAGGCGGAUUACAGGGUGUCAGGUCUUCAGCCUUUCACGUUUUAUAAAGUCAGAGUGUUCUCUGCUACCACUGGAACCAUUAAGUACAGCACCACAUCACAAUCAACAAAUGUCACGACUCUGCCACCAGUACCUGGCCGUCCCGGGCUCUCUCUCAGCGGCGACACUCACCAGGUAGUGGCCACCUGGACCAGGCCACCUGGGGCCCUGGGCAACGUCACCUACCUGUACAGGUACAAGGUAACGCUGAAGUUCUGCGAUACAGAACUGCAGAAAUAUACAAACUUUAUUGGAGUAGUGGGAGAGCGGGUGACCCUCCCUGUCGCUCCUUACACCAGGGUGGAGGUCCGUCUCCGCGCCGUCAACGAGGGUGGCCAGGGUGAAGUGGUCCAGGAGGCCACCGACACACCCCCAGCCCGUAGCAGCCUACAUGAGAGAUAACAUAAAGAGAGGAGCUCUAUGACUGGCCCGUGGAUCACCUGAUACCUCCAGACUCAAGUAAUACCCCCAGAGACUGGCCCGUGGAUCAUCUAAUACUUCCAGACUCAAGUGAUACCCCCAGAGACUGGCCCGUGGAUCACCUGAUACUUCCAGACUCAAGUGAUACCCCCAGAGACUGGCCCGUGGAUCAUCUAAUACUUCCAGACUCAAGUGAUACCUCCGGAGACUGGCCCGUGGAUCACCUGAUACUUCCAGACUCAAGUGAUACCCCCAGAGACUGGCCCGUGGAUCAUCUAAUACUUCCAGACUCAAGUGAUACCCCAAGAGACUGGCCCGUGGAUCACCUGAUACUUCCAGACUCAAGUGAUACCCCCGGAGACUGGCCCGUGGAUCACCUGAUACUUCCAGACUCAAGUGAUACCCCCAGAGACUGGCCCGUGGAUCAUCUAAUACUUCCAGACUCAAAUGAUACCCCCGGAGAGAUUGAAAGUCUCAGUUGGAUACCAGUUAUGUGCCUCUGGGACCCUAUACUAUUAUGGGUAUUACUAGUCAGCACCGGAGAACAAUGUGGAGAACAUAGAUUGUUCACCUGAUUAUACUGAACACUGCAGCGUGACCCUGGAGAAGAAUUGCGAGUUAGUCCAUGGACCGGACCUCAGUGUCCAUUACCUCCUCCAGGUAGUCGACCAGAGUC